ACUGUGACAACACGCAGUGACAACAGUGACAACGCUGACAACACUGACAAUGGUGACAACGGUGACAACAGUGAGGACAGUCACAAGAGUAAAAACGGUGAGAACAUUGACAACACCGACAACACUGACAACGAUGACAACGGUGACAACGGUGACAACCCUGACAUCAGCGACAUCAGUGACAACAGUGAGAACGGCGACAACAGUGACCAUAGUGACAACUGUGACAACGGUGACAACAGUGACAUCGGUGACAACAGUGACAACGCUACCAACACUGAGUACAGUAACAACAGUAAGAACGGUGACAACACUGAUAAUGGCGACAACGAUAACAACAGUAACAACAGUGACAACUGUGACAACGGUGUCAACGGUGAAAACAGUGACAAAGGUGACAGGAGAGAAAACAGUGACAAUGGUGACAAAGGUGAAAACGGUGUGAACGGUGACAACGGUGACAACGGCGACAACCUUGACAACAGUGACAACGGUGACAACGGUGUUAACGGUGACAACAGUGACAAUUUUAAAAACGGUGGCAACAGUGACAACAGUGACAACAGCAACAACGGUGACCACGGUGAAAACAGUGACAACGAUGACAACAGUGACCACAAUGACCACGGUGACAACAGUGACAAAUGUGACAAAAAUGACAACAGUGACAACGGUGACAACGGUGACGACAGUGACAUUAGUGGCAACACUGACAACGAACACAAUGGUGACAAUGGUAACAACAGUGACAACAGCAACAACAGUGACAACGGUGACAGUAGUGAGAACAGUGACAACGGAGACAACAGUGGCAACAGUGACAAUAGUGCAACGGUGACAACAGUGACAACAGUGACAACAGUUUCAAAAGUGACAAUAAUGACAACGGUGACAACAGUGAAAACUGUGACAAAAGUGACAACGGUUUAAUUGGUGAAAACUGAGGCAAUGGUGACAACGGUAAGAACAGUGACAACAGUAACAACAGUGACAACGGUGACAGUGGUGACAACAGGGACAAUAGUGACAACAGUGACAACUGUGACAAUGGUGACAACACUGACAAUGGUGAAACAGGUGACAACGGUAAAAACAGUAACAACAGUGACAACAGUUGCAACUGUGACAAUGGUGAGAACAGUGACAACAGAUGCAACAGCGACAAUAGUGACAACGGUGGCAACAGUGACAACAGUGACAAAAGUCACAACAGUGACAACAGUGACAACAGUGAGAACACUGACAACGGUGACAAUGGUGACAAUGGUAACAACAGUGACAAUAGUGAGAACAGUGACUACAGUGACAACAGUGACAACUGUGACAACAGUCACAACAGUGACAUCAGUGACAACAGUGUCAAUAGUGUCAACGGUGCUAACGUUAACAACAGUUGCAACGGUAAUGACAUUGACAACGGUGAGAAAAGUAACAAUGGUGACAGC